AAUAUGUCGUUAUGGUUCAUCCCUGUAAGCGAGACUUCCGUUGACUACUUCCGGUAUAGUACAACACGCGGUGAAAACAGUUGACUUUGAGACACCUUGUUGGCUGAAUGACCUGAGUUGAGAGACAAUAAUUGUGAGUGAAAGAAUCGCCAUGGCUGCACACCUGUGUCUACAAGGCAGAAGUCUUCUUGGCUCCAAGACAGUGGCUCGUAAUUGGCAGUAUUACACUCAAGUUUGCCAUUGCAUUACAGUUACAAGGGUACCCACCAAAAUCCUAAAUGGAUCCUCAAUUAACAAGGGGAAUCACACAACACCUCAGGCAAGACAGAGGUGGAAACAACAGAUGUUCUGUUACAGUGACUUAGCUGCUAAACAUCUGGCAACUGAGGCUAAGGAAAACAAGGAUGUUGAAGGAGUGUCUACAGCUGAUGUUGUAGAGAACAAGAGCCCCCUGUUGCCAAUCAGAGAUGCAGUGUCGGUGACAGAAAGCCAGAUUUCAUUUGAUCUGGAUGCUGCUCCCGAGUUGUCAUCAUUAGAGUUGAUCAGUGAUGAAGCGGCUGUCAGUAUACCAGUUCCUUUUGACAUGCCUUCUGACUCCAUCUCUCUAAGAGACUAUGUCGACAAGUCUGAGACACUCAGCAAACUGGUACAGAUGGGUGUAAAUCUGUGGAAGCUUGAACAAAGGCCAAACGUGGGGUCCAUGCUACUGAGGCUCAACUUUGACACAGAUGUGGCCCCAAGGCUGCUGUUCCUCAAAGACAUCGGAGUGGAGGACUCUAGCUAUGGCAACAUCCUCACGCAAAACCCAUUCAUUCUCACUGAGAGUUUGGUACACCUACAUUCCAGGGUGAACUUUCUCAAGUCACAGAAUUUCAGCUCUGAGACGAUUGCAUCCAUGGUUUCCAGAGCGCCAUAUCUGCUUAACUUCUCUGUGAAGAGGCUGGACAACAGACUGCGCUUCUAUCAGCAGCAUCUCAAACUCAGUGCAGAUAAUACACGGAACAUUCUAACGCGUCUACCCAGAUUACUAUGUGGCAGUUUGGAGCCUGUUAAAGAAAAUCUGAAGAUGUGUGAAGUAGAGCUCGGCUUUAAGGAAAACGAGAUCCAACACAUAAUUAUUGCCGUCCCAAAAGUGCUGACUUUAAACAAAAGGAAGCUAACCCAAAUAUUUGACUUUGUCCACAAUACCAUGAAUGUGCCCCACAACCUGAUCGCCAAGUUCCCACAGAUCCUCAACUCCAAGUACUUGCGUAUAAGAGAGCGCCACCUGUUCCUCGAGUACCUUGAAAAGGCUCAGUAUGACCCAGACCUGCCCAACUACAUCUCGCUGGAACGUCUGGUGUUUUUGCAUGAUGAGCGUUUUUGCACUGAGGUGGCUUUUGUCACAUUGGAAGAUUUCAAUUUGUUCCAAAAGACACUUUGAUUCUUCAGAAAACUAAAGAUCAAGCGCACAGAAUAAAUACCAUCAUGUCAGACACAUGCACACAUGAAAGCCUUUAAAUGUAUAGAGCAUCAACUGGGUUUGAAAUGCAAAGCUUGCUAUGUAAAUGCAAUAUUUAAAAAAUGUACACAAUAUAUAUCAGAACUUCUGACUGAAAUACUAUUCUUAUGCACCCUGACUGUCUAUGUAAAAAAAACGUUAAUGUGACAAUAAUUAUGUUCAGUACUGAGCCAGCAAAACAUUUGUCUUUGUAUAAAGUGAUCAUCCCUCAUGUAUUGAAAACUGCCUGUAAUAAAGAGAGUGGAUUUUAAAAGAA